AUGACGAGCAGUAAAGCUAGUUCCACGAUAACUGAGCAGAAAUGUAGCACUUCGCCGGAUAAUGAAACAGUCCGGGUUAUUGACAUAUCUGAGUAUGUCGGCGCCGCAGAAUGCCUCGCCAAAGCAUUUGGGGUCGAUGCUCUUUGCCGCUAUUUCGUCGAUGCCGAAGACACGAAAGAUUACUCCGAGGAACGGAAGUGGAAGCUUCAUUCUGAUAUCCUGCGCUACAUGGUCGCAGCUCACUGCUAUAGAGGCUUCGUCACCACAAUCGGUCCGAACUACGAAGCUGUGGCUCUUUGGCUUCCUCCUGGAAAGGGCAUAGACGAUUGGUGGACCAUCCUCCGCAGCGGUACGUGGCGUCUCUUCUUCUUGCUUUCCCGUGAGGGAAAAGCCCGUUUCUACUCGGAAUUCCUCCCUCUCCUCCAUUAUACCAAACAGAGGGUGCUGGGAGAGCGGGACGGUAAGAGCUACUACCUUGACUACAUAGGCACGAAACCUUCUGCGCGCGGGAAGGGAUAUGCUAGGAAGCUGAUUGAGCACGGCUUGGCAAUGGCGGAUGCUGAGGGCGCACCGACGUACUUGGAAAGCACUGCAGCAGUCAAUGUGCCGUACUACGAGAAAUUCGGCUUCCAAUACAUCAAAGAAGUUCACCUGCAGCGGGAUGAGAAACCGGUUUCGCUGAGUAUCAUGGUCCGAGAGCCCAAGACUAAUUCUGGAGUCUCACAGCCAACGCCGAAGCAGAAAUGCAGCGUCAAGAUUGUGGAGCUUGUUGUCUAGUUGGAGGGCAUGAUAACACCGAAAUACCCUGAAAAAGGGUAUAGUGUUGCCAAAAUGAGUAACUAGAUUGUGUAAUGACUCAAUAUUGGCAGAAAGAAGAAAAUAAAUUAGGCCUAGAAUGGAUGCGCGGCCUUGGAUGAGAUUAAAAAAAAUUGUGUUUUUGGGGAUUUGUAUUUGAUUUAGCUCGUCGAGCUCCGCUCGUUGCAUUUUGCUCAUACUUAGUGUAAUCUAGAUACACGCCGCU